AUGUCGGAGGAAACAAUUAUGUCUAUGAAUGAUCCGGCAGUUAAAAUUGAACCACCAGAAUAUUCACCAGAAGACAUUAAACUCGAAAUGGAAAAUGAUUUUGAUGAUCCCGACGUUAUUGUUAAAUCUGAAUCGUUUUCCGAAGAUGAUGAUACGUGUUUAGAAAGAUUUAUGAAUUCCGAGGUGACAAUUGAAGAAGAAGUCAAACACGAGUUAGUCGAGACACCAACUUAUGAAUGUGACGUUUGCAAUAGAUCUUUCGCAGAAUCAGAUCAUUUAAAAGAACAUAUGGCCGAUCAUAUUUCUAAUAAUAGCAAAGAAAGUCCUUUCAAAUGCGAAAUCUGUCAUAAGACUUUCAGUUCGUUACGUAAUCUGAAAAGGCACAAGCUCAUUCACAGUGGUGAACGUGCUCAUGAAUGCAGUACGUGCAAAAAGACAUUCGCAACAAUAAAUUAUCUGAAAAGACACAUGGUCAUUCACAAUGGAAUACGCUCCCAUGAAUGCAAUAUAUGCAAAAAGACAUUUACUCGAUCAGAUAGUCUGAAAAGACACAUGCUGAUACAUAGUGGAGUGCGUCCCCAUGAAUGCAAUAUAUGCAAUAAGACAUUCGCAGAUUUAAGUAAUCUGAAAAGUCACAAGCUGAUACACAGUGGAGUACGUCCCCAUAGAUGCAAUAUAUGCAACAAGACAUUCACAGAAAGAGAGACAGACGAUAACAAAAUACGAUCUGCACAUUAUACUGAACAACAAAACACAUCUGAAACCUACGGACAGUCUCUACAUCAACAACUACAAAGUUUACAGAACGACAGACAGACGGACUAA